GCCAUGAAGAUCCUGGUAGCCAAAGUGCUGUGUCUGCUGGGCGUCUGCGUGCUCAUGCUGCUCGGGUCCCUCCUGCCCGUCAAGAUCAUCGAGGCGGAUUACGAGAAAGCUCAUCGCUCCAGGAGGGUCAUUGCCCUCUGCAAUUCCUUCGGAGGAGGGGUUUUCCUGGCCACCUGCUUCAACGCCUUGCUGCCCGCUGUGAGAGACAAGCUCAGUGACGUUCUCAGUCAGGGGAAUGUGACCACGGACUACCCCGUGGCCGAGACCAUCAUGAUGGUUGGCUUCUUCAUGACGGUCUUCAUUGAGCAGCUCGUCCUGACCUUCCAGAAGGAAAAACCCUCCUUCAUCGACCUGGAGACCUUCAACGCCGGCUCGGAUGUCGGGAGCGACUCCGAGUACGAGAGCCCCUUCCUGGCGUCCUCCCGCGGGCGCGCGCUGUGCGGCCAGCAGGGCCACCAGCCCCACGGCCACGGCCUGAGCGUGCGGGAGCUGUCGCGGGCCGGUCCCCUGCGGCUCUUCAGCCUCGUGUUCGCCCUGUCCGCGCACUCCAUCUUCGAGGGCCUGGCCCUGGGCUUGCAGGAGGAAGGGGGCAAAGUCGUGAGCUUGUUCCUGGGCGUCGCUGUGCACGAGACGCUCGUGGCCGUGGCGCUGGGGAUCAGCAUGGCCAAGAGCUCAUUGACAAUGAGGGACGCUGCCAAGGUCGCCGUGACCGUGAGCCUCAUGAUUCCCCUGGGCAUCAGCAUCGGGAUGGGCAUCGAGAGCGCCCAGAACGUGGCCAGCAAUGUCGCUUCAGUGCUGCUGCAGGGCAUCGCAGGGGGCACCUUCCUGUUCGUCACCUUCUUUGAGAUCCUUGCGAAGGAGCUGGAAGACAAGAGCGAUCGGCUCCUGAAGGUCCUUUUCCUGGUGCUGGGCUACACGGCCCUGGCCGGGCUGGUCUUCUUCAAAUGGUGAGCGCAGAAGUGAUGGAAAGGAAACCUUUCCUCGUCCCCUUGCG